GUGAGGUAGACAUCUUUACAUAACUAUGUCUGAACACGUGGAUUUACUAAAGAAGGAAGCUUCAUCAGUUGAACUAGCAACAAAAUAUGCUAAAUUUUUGUAGACGCCAUAGCAAUGAGCGAUGGAGAAAGAGAGAGGUUUGAAGUCGAGUUGGAAUUUGUACAGUCGCUUGCCAAUCCUUACUAUCUAAACUUUCUUGCACAGCACGGAUACUUCAAGGACAAAUCGUUUGUAAAUUAUCUUAGAUAUCUGCAAUACUGGAAACAUCCUAAAUAUGCCAGAUUUCUGAAAUACCCUCACUGCCUCCACUUCCUCGAUUUGCUUCAACACAAAGAGUUCCAAAAGGAAUUGGUAAAUGCACAAUGCGCGAAGUUCAUUGAAGAACAGAUUCUUCUACAGUGGCAAUACAACCGACACAAACGACUAGAAAGCCAGCACCAACCGCCGUCCUUCAAACAAGGCAAGUCAGCCGGUGCCACUUCGGGAGACCAGAGUGCAUCUGUGAGUGAAGGAGCAGCAGCACGCAAACUGUCACCCUAGUAGACUCCAAUCUAGUUCAGAAUAAAAGCCAUGGUACUCUUUUGUAGUAUACGUACAGCAUAGCAAGAGUACAAUGCGAUAAGCAACUACAAUCCACAGCUCAUGUAUUAUGUAUUUCCCCGUUUCCCGU